UUUGUCCUUUCCUUCCUCACCUUCCUUAUCUCUCUGUCUUUACAUCAUUACCUGCAAAUCUGUACGGGGUAUAACUUCAAACUCUGACUCAACAGACCUCGCCAAACCAAACAUGGAUUAUUCAGGAUCGAGUUCUUUAACAAUAUGCGAGUGUGUCAGUGUGGCGUGUACACCGCUUAUAGCCAUAUUUGAGCGUCUGAUAUUCACUUUCAAGGGUUGCUUCGAGUGCAGGCCACCACGCCUACAGAACUGCGGGAACCGCUUUGAAGAGAUAGCUCGCUUAGCCAGCGAAACCAUUUUUACUGUGAAUGAAGUUGAGGCAUUAUACGAGCUGUUUAAGAAGUUGAGUAGUUCAAUUAUUGACGAUGGGUUGAUUCAAAAGGAAGAGCUUCAUUUAGCACUGUUCAAAACUCCAAGCGGUGAAAAUCUCUUUCUGGACAGGGUUUUUUAUCUAUUUGAUGAAAAGAAAAAUGGUGUCAUUGAAUUUGACGAAUUUGUCCAUGCACUCAGUGUCUUCCAUCCCAAUGCUCCCAUGGAAGAAAAAAUUGAUUUUGCAUUCAGGCUGUAUGAUCUGAGACAAACUGGGUUUAUAGAGCGAGAAGAAGUUAAGGCAAUGGUAGUUGUCACUUUAAUGGAAUCUGAUAUAACAUUGUCAGAUGAUCUUCUUGAGGCUAUCAUGGACAGUACAUUUGCAGAUGCUGAUGCUGACAAGGAUGAUAGAAUCAAUUCCGAAGAGUGGAAGGAUUUUGUUCUUAGAAACCCAAACGUCUUGAAGAACAUGACACUACCUUAUUUGAAGGAUCUGAGUCUGGCAACAAUAUUUCCAAGUUUCACUUUUAACACAAGGAUUGAAGAUUGAGAACCUGAAGUUUUUUCACCAAAGGAGUCCUUAGAAAGAUUGUUCAUCAUCGUUCAUUAUUGCUAAAAGGGAGCAGCCACCGUGUUUCUUUGGGGCAAGAGAGGCCAGGAUGGUGGCAUUAGUUAGAAAAUUAUGAUUAAACCCACCAGCUAGGCAGUUCAGUUCACAUAGAACUUACUCUUGUAGUUAGUUUGUAACUUUGUAUGGUAUUGUUGCCUCAAAUUUUUGCCUUUUGGUUAGCUUGUGUAUGCUCUUUUUCUUGGUAAUCAAAUGCUGCUGAUUGUGUACAAAAUCUAUCUCAAUUCGUGAAUUACUC